CAGACGCCUUCAUUUUAUGUUUUUGAAUAAUAGCAGGAGCUAGUGUGGCGAAGUGUAUCUGUGAAAUCUGCCCGGAGCUCAGCCACACACGGCGGCAAGUGCCCCGGAAAGGAGCAGCUUUUCACCGAGUUGGAUUUAAAGGCGCGCUCGGACGCUUUCAGAGAUAUGGGAUCAGAGCCUCCCAGCUCUCCACAGGUGGUGGAGGAUGGAGGAGAGGAGGAUGAGGAGGAGCUGAGUGGAGGGGAGGAAGCAGACCUGCGCUCCAGCUCUGGCCGUGGAUCCCUGCUGACUCGGAGAGGCAUCACCCUAAGGGUUCUGCUCAAGGAUGGGCUGGUGGAACCAGGGGACGGCGUGCUAGCCAUCCACUACCUGGGUAAGAACUUUGUAGGAGACCUGUUGACUGAUGGGAAAAUCAGAUGGGUGGAGACGGGCCAGAUCUUCAAUUCCCCCAGCGCCUGGGCAACACACUGCAAACGUUUGGUCAACCCAGCCAAGAAGUCUGGCUGUGGCUGGGCAUCUGUACGCUACCGGGGACAGAAGCUGGUCCAGUACAAAACCACAUGGCUACACAAGUACCAGCCCAGUGCAGACAUGAGCCUGGUGAGUGAGGAGGACGAUGACGAGGAUGAAGAGGAAGGAAAAACAGCUGUUCAGGCAGAUGAGAAAAACAAGAACAGCAAACCUGGAUUACAUGACAUGAUGGUUUCCCGGAGAACUGACAGAGAGAGAAUUCCUGUCAGAUAUUGCAACUUGGGCACCAGGGAUGCUGCCAGGGAUACACACACACUUGUGGAGCUGUCAGCCUUCUCAGCCAUCAACAGAUUCCAGCCUUUUAAUGUAGCCGUAUCCAGCAAUGUACUGCUGCUAAUGGACUUCCACUGUCACUUGACCACUAGUGAGGUGGUAGGAUACCUCGGAGGACGAUGGGAUACCAACACACAAUUGCUGACAGUCUUGAGGGCUUUCCCAUGUAGGACCAGACUGGCAGACAGAGACUCUGCAUCUGCUGUUGAGGAGGAGAUUUGUCAGAACCUGUUCAUGCGUGGGCUGUCGUUAGUUGGCUGGUACCACAGUCAUCCUCGAAGUCCGGCUUUGCCGUCGCUGCAGGAUAUCGACUCCCAGAUGGACCACCAGCUGAGGCUGCAGGGUUCAAACAACGGCUUCCAGCCUUGUCUGGGCAUCAUCUGUGGUCCAUAUUACCAUGGCAAUCAAGGUGUGGCGUCCACAAUAACUCCAUUCUGGGUUGUACCACCACCUGAGCAAAGGUCCAAUGACUACGGUAUUCCAGUGGCUGUGGAGGUCACCUAUGUACAGGACAACUUUCUCACCAGUGAUGUUCUUAAUGAGAUGAUGCUGCUGAUUGACUACUACAGGGCAGCUCCUGACCUCGUCCAAUUCAGUCAGUACUGGUGUCCUGAUACGACCAUGAUGGACAAGAUAAAGGGCUCUUUGAGCUGCCACGCCCCCAAAGAUCAGGCCUACUCUCAGAUCUUGGAGCACGUCUACAGUCAGCUGAGCAACAUGCAAUGAGUUGGUCUUCUGUGCUUGUGUGCGUGUGGAUUUCAUCCAACCUGAAGUGAUUCUGUGAAAACACCUUAGUGUGCAGAGCUGACAGGAGUAAAAGAUGUAUCACAUAAAAAACCUGCUUGAAAAACAUCCAGAUGCCUUCAGUUCUUUGCUAUUUGAGUGUCACUUUGAAACACCUAAAUGCUUUUGGAAAGGAAAAAUCAGUGACACAACAUGUGAUGAUGGAUUCAUGUACAUCUGAGACAUGAAACAGAGAGCACUGGAUUAAGGGAUGACAGACUAAUAGGUUUUAGUAGACACUAAAGAGAACCAUUUCAUAGACAAGGAAUCAGCCCACCUGCCUGGCCUCUUACCUUUUACACAUGGACCUAUAUGUGCCUGUCUGUGCUAGUAUUCUGUGAUAUGAGAAGAUACUGCCAGAUAUGUACAAUGUAAAACAUUUGGUGUUGUUAUUGCCUUCAAAGACGAAACCACUUGCGCAGCAGUGAAGGUGAAAACAUGACACUAGUUGCGCAAAAGUACUACCUUAGCAAAGUAUGCAAAUGUGUCUAGGUUUGAGCUUACAGUACCCUGCACCUGGUUUUUGUGAAUGUUUUUUUCUUAAGGCUGCACUGUGGUACAAGUGACUCACUGUGCCAAGAUUUUUUUUUAACUCACCUCUGUGUGUGUGUGUGUGUGUUGUGAGUGUGGCCCUCUACUGUCAACCAUAAAUUUAUAAAGACUUGAGUCCUGUAGGAUAAGGCAGAUAAUUGCUUCCUCCUUCCCUGUACUGUAUUUAUUACUAACUGUGGAUUGUGUGAUGUACCUGUGUAAAGACAGAGCAAUGCCUUAAGCCUGCUGGUGAUCCACAAAGCAUUAAAAUACA